GGUCUCCUGACCUCACACACACACACACACACAGACACACAAAACGUCACGACCGACCGGGAGACCCCAGCUGCUGUUACCAUAGUAACGGAAGGCGGUACAGCGGAGCUCCGAGCGGUUCCGUCAGCAGACAGAACUAAUCAAACAGCGGAAUCACCGAUCGACCGCCACAACACACCGGAGACACCGGGAAGAGACACACACACACGCAGUGAGGCUAACGUUAGCCUCUCGUGUUGCAGCAGAGUGUCCGUGAUGUUGCAGCUCCCCCUGCUGGUGACGGCCCAGGUGGACCUGGUGCUGGUGCUGGUCUCCGUCCUGGGCCUGUGGACCCGACUGAGCCGCCUGGGCUGCCCCAACAACGUGGUGUUUGAUGAGGUGUACUAUGGUCAGUUUGUGUCUCUCUACAUGAAGAGAGUGUUCUUCAUCGAUGACAGCGGACCGCCACUUGGUCAUAUGAUCCUGGCCCUCGGAGCCUACCUGGGAGGAUUCGAUGGGAACUUGGUGUGGAACAGAAUCGGAGCAGACGUGUGUUUGUUUUGUGCUCCAGAGUAUCCCAGUAGUGUGAGUGUGUGGAGUCUGCGCCUGCUGCCCGCUCUGUGUGGAGCGCUCUGUGUUCCUCUGCUCUACCUGCUGACGCUGGAGCUCAACUUCUCUCACCUGGCAGCUCUGGGUGCCGCCCUGCUGCUGCUGCUGGAGAACUCUCUGAUCGUCCAGUCACGCUUCAUGUUGCUGGAGUCUGUUCUCAUCUUCUUCGUGUUGCUGGCCUUCUUCUCCUACCUGCGCUUCCACAACUCUCCCAACAGCUCCUGGUGGAGGUUCUCCUGGCUGCUCGUGUCCGGAGCGUCCUGCGCUGCAGCCAUCGGGGUGAAGUAUAUGGGCGUGUUCUCCUACCUGCUGCUGCUGGGCGUGGCCUCUCUGCACACCUGGAACCUGAUUGGAGACCGAACUGUCAGUCAUCUCAGUGUGUGUGUGCAGUGUGUGUGUAGGUGUGUGUGUCUGCUGGUGGUUCCUGUCCUGCUCUAUUUGUUCUGGUUCUACGUUCACCUGAGUCUCCUGAACCGCAGUGGACCACAUGACCAACUGAUGAGCUCCGCCUUCCAGGCCAGUCUGCAGGGCGGUCUCUCCAGGAUCACACAGGGUCAACCUCUGGAAGUUGCCUAUGGCAGUCAGGUGACUUUAAGAAGCUCCGCCUCCCAGCCAAUCCCCUGCUGGCUCCACUCGCACAAAGCCAACUACCCAAUCAGGUAUGAAAAUGGGCGGGGCAGUUCCCACCAGCAGCAGGUCACCUGUUAUCCUUUCAAAGACGUCAACAACUGGUGGAUCAUCAAAGAUCCUGGCAGACAGGAGCUGGCGGUCGGCAGUCCUCCUCGACCUGUCCGUCACGGUGAUGUCGUCCAGCUGGUCCAUGGGAUGACCUCACGCUUCCUCAACAGCCAUGACGUCGCCGCUCCCAUGAGUCCUUACGCUCAGGAAGUGUCCGGUUACAUCGACUUCAACGUCUCCAUGGCAACGCAGAACCUCUGGAGAGUCGACAUCUCGGACAGGGAGGCGGAGUCAGAGGUGUGGAAGACGAUCCUGUCUGAGGUUCGAUUGGUCCACGUCAACACCUCAGCGGUCCUCAAGCUGAGCGGAGUGUCUCUUCCAGACUGGGGUUUCCGUCAGUUGGAAGUCGUGGCAGAGAAACUGUUUCAGUCUUACAGCAGCAGUUUGAUCUGGACGGUGGAGGAACAUCGAUAUGGAACCAGUCAGGAGCAGAAAGAGCGGGAGGCGGAGCUUCAUUCUCCGACUCACAUUGAUGUCGACAGGAAAAUUUCCUUCUGGGCGAAGUUUUUAGAAGUACAGUGGAAGAUGCUGACGGUGAAACAGGAAGACUCUGAACACAAAUACAGCUCCUCCCCCUUAGAGUGGAUCACCAUGGAAACCAACAUUGCUUACUGGCUGCACUCGUCCACCAAUGCUCAGAUUCAUCUGAUUGGUAACCCGGUGUCUUGGGGCGUGGCCAACCUCAGCCUGCUGGCCUAUCAGCUGCUGGCAGCGGUGUACCUGCUGAGGAGGAGGCGGGGCUUCAAAGACCUUCCUGAAGGUGUGUGGGGUCAGUUUGAGUGUCUGGGUUGUGUGUGUGUGGGCGGCUGGUUGGUGAACUUCCUUCCCUUCCUGCUGAUGGAGAAGACGCUCUUCCUGUAUCACUACCUGCCUGCCCUCUGCUUCCUGUACCUACUGAGCCCCGCCCUGCUGGAGCACACACACACUCACCUGCUCAGCAGUGUGACACAGCGGCGAACUCUGUGUGUGUGUGCGUCGGCCGUGACGUUGUUGGUCUUCCUGUCGUAUCGAACCUUCUGCCCUCUGACCUAUGGCAGCCCCGAGCUCUCAGCCAAUCAGCUGCAAGGACUCAAGUGGAGAGACACCUGGGACAUCCUGUACCGCCGCCGCUAGAGACACCGAGAGGGAGACAGGUGGAGAAACAGGAGCGUUUUUUUCCUCACGUUGAGGUGAACUGAAGCUGUUUAUAAGCUGAGGAGAAGCACCUGAAUGCCCUGUCACGUGGCAGGCGGAGCUUCAAUCCUCUGACCUCUCAGGUGACAGAAACACGUCUGACAUGUAAACUGCUGCUGACGAAGUACAAAGUAAAAGUUCACACAAUGUGAAACACAGAGGUGACCUCUGACCCCUGGAGUCUGACACAGUAAAGAUCAGUAGAUGUUUAUAGAUGAGUCCACUGGUUUUAAAACAGACUCAUUGAUAUUUCAGCUUCAUUUGAUUCAAUAAAGAUGAUUUGAUUCAGAUUCUGCGACCAUCAA